AUGGUUGAUUCAACAUGGUUUUGUAAUUUAAGUAGGUUGAUGCGACGCAUUCGUAUAGAAAAAAUGAAACUUAAACGUCUACAAGGAACUCGGGUUAUUAAAAAAAUUAGUAUUAGACGUGGAUUGUAUCGAUCAAGGGCUGGAAUGCUUUUGUUGGAGCAACAAAUUUCAAAUUCAUCUAGCAAUUAUUGUUCAUCAUUUGGUGCUGGUUGUUCAUACGAGGAUGAGAAUGCUCUACAGUCUGAUUUUACAAACAUUAGGAAAUUUCGAUCAAGUGAAGUAGUAGUUACAGAGUAUAUGGAUAUUGGUGAUAUGGAUGUUGUGUGUCCGGAUUGUGGCGCAAUGAUUUGGUAUUACGAGAGAGCUAAAAAGGAUCCUGGGAGCAAUGUGGUUAGAGUUUCUUUCUGUUGUAAAAAGGGCAAAAUCUUGAUUCCAUAUCUGGAGGAACCACCACCUCUAAUAAGAUCUCUUUUCAAUGGAUUUCACCCAAAAAGUUCUCAUUUUUUUGGAAAUAUAAGAUCUUACAAUAACAUGUUUUCUUUUACUUCACUCCUAGGAAGAGUUGAUACUGCAUCUAAUGAUGGACAUGGUCCUCCUCAUUUUGUUAUUGCUGGGCAAAAUUACCACCGUAUUGGUAGCUUACUUCCUAAACAUGGUGAAUUUCCCAAAUUUGCUCAGUUAUAUAUAUAUGAUACUCAAAAUGAGGUUUCAAAUCGAUUAUCCCAUUUCAGUUCCCUGGAUUCUAAGAAAGCACUUGAUCCAUUGUUGGUGGCAGAAAUUUUGGCUGUCAUGGACGAACACAAUUUGUUGGUGAAAUGUUUUCGUAUGGUUAGGGAUUACCUUGAUGUUGAUCAAAGUGUCCCUGUAAGUUUACGUUUAUUUCGUGAUCGACAAAGAGAUCCCCGAGUUUAUAAUGUACCUCGGCUUGAUGAAGUGGCUGCAUUGGUUGUUGGUGAUAUUGGAGAUGAUGAGGAUGGAAGAGAUAUUGUCGUACGCAAAAAAAAUGGAUAUUUGAAGAGAAUUCAUGAAACUCAUGCAAAGUAUAUCCCGUUGCAAUACCCGUUGUUGUUUCCUUUUGGUGAAGAUCAGUACCAAGAGAAAAUCCCACUUAACCGUUUGACAGCGUCAACAAGUAAAAAAAAAAGAAUUCGUGUUCCAAUGCGUGCGUUUAUAGCUUUCCGUCUUCAAGAGAGAAUGAACGAAGAUUCUAUUAUUCUUAGGAGUAGAAGAUUAUUCCAGCAGUUUGUAGUUGACCUUUAUUCGAUGAUUGAAUCUCAAAGGUUAUCUUGGAUAAGGUCUAAUCAAGGUGAAAUUCGAUCUGAUUUUCUUGCGGGAAUAGAAGAAGCUAUUAGUCGUGGUGAUUUUGUUGCAUCUUCCAUUGGGUCUCGAAUCGUUCUGCCGUCUUCUUUUACUGGUGGGAGGCGCUACAUGUUCAAUAAUUGUCAAGACGCAAUGGCCAUUUGCAAAAAAUUCGGUUAUCCUGAUUUAUUUCUUACUUUCACCUGCAACCCAAAAUGGCCGGAAAUACAACGCCACAUGGCUAAAUCUGGUAACUAUUCAGUAUACAGACCUGAUAUUACCUGUCGUGUAUUUCAAAUGAAAUUAAAUCUAAUGAUGUCAGAUUUUCGAAAGGGUCAAUUUUUCGGUAGGGUUGUUGCAAGUAUGUAUACUAUUGAAUUUCAAAAGAGAGGAUUGCCUCAUGCACACAUUUUACUGUGGUUAGAUCCUCGAGAUAAAUUAACUACAGCGUCUGCAAUUGACUCGGUGAUUUGUGCUGAAUUACCUGAUAAAAAUUUGUUCCCUAAACUUUAUUCAACUGUAACAAAUUUCAUGAUUCAUGGACCAUGUGGGAAUGGUUUUACCGAAUCUCCGUGCAUGAAAGAUCAUCAUCGUUGUUCUAAAUUUUAUCCAAAAAAAUUUGUGUCGCAUACCUCUUUUGAUCCAAGUGGAUAUCCUAUUUAUAGGCGCAGAGACUCUGGGCACACUGUGAUUAAAAAGGAAGCAAUUCUUGAUAAUCGAAGUGUUGUUCCGUACAAUCCGAAACUCAUGAUGAAAUAUCAAGCGCAUGUUAAUAUAGAAUAUUGUAACAAAUCAAAUUGUAUUAAAUAUUUGUUUAAGUAUAUUAACAAAGGAGUUGAUAGAGUGACUGCUACUUUACAUACAAGUGAUGAUGAAUGUGUUGAUGAGAUACAGCAGUACUAUGACUGCCGGUUUUUGUGUCCAUCAGAAUCUAUUUGGAGGAUCUUUGCUUAUAAGAUUCAUUUUAGGUGGCCUCCAGUCACUAGAUUAACUUUCCAUACCCAAGGUAACCAAAGAGUGGUCUUCAAUGAUAGUUCUAAUCUAGAAAAGGUUCUAAAGUCCAAUAAUGAAAAGGGUACUAUGUUUUUGGCUUGGAUGGUUGCAAACAGGCAAUAUCCUCAAGGUCGUCACCUAACAUAUUCUCAAUUUCCAACCUUAUUCACUUAUGAUUCUGAUGGUCGGUUCUGGAAACCGAGGAAAAGUGGUGGUUCGGUGGGUCGCUUGACCUACAUUCCACACGGUUCCCGUGAGCUAUUUUAUUUAAGAUUGUUGUUGACCGCCCAAGUUGGAUGCACCAGUUUUGAGGAUCUUCGUAUGGUAAAUGGUCAUGUCCAUGAUUCAUUUAGGGAAGCUUGUGCUGAUUUGAGGUUAUUGGAAGAUGAUCAAGAUUUUAUCAAUGCUAUUGUUGAAGUUGCAAAUAUUGAAUCUGGGUAUUCUAUUCGAAAGAUGUUUUCCUGGUUUUUGAUGUCUAACUCAAUGAGUGACCCUUUUAAUGUUUGGGAACAGUUAUGGGAAAUUCUGGCCGAUGGAAUAUUGUAUCAAAAGCGUCGUGAGUUGAAUUUGCCAGAAUUUGUUAUGUCCCGCGAGGAUUUAAAAGAAUCAUGUCUCAUUGAGAUUGACAAUUAUUUGCGGGCAAAUGGAAAAUCUCUGGAGGACUAUGAAUGCAUGCCGAAGUUAAAAGAACAAAAUAAUGGUAUUUUCAAUAACAUUUUGCUCGAGAAUGAAUUUAGUUAUGACUAUGAUGACAUGAGGAUUCUUCACAAUGAACAUGUUGGUAACUUAAAUUCAGAGCAAUUGUUUGCAUAUGAAGAUAUUUAUAAGGCUGUUGAUAAUGGGCUUGGAUCUAUGUUUUUUGUUGAUGGAUACGGUGGGACUGGGAAGACGUUCUUGUGGAAAACUCUUUCUUAUAGACUUCGUUCGGAGGGAAAAAUAGUAGUAAAUGUUGCAUCUAGUGGUAUAGCUUCUAUCCUACUUCCUGGUGGUAAAACUGCACAUUCACAGUUUGGAAUUCCUUUAGUUCUUACUAAGGAAUCUUGUUGCCAAAUUGAUAAAGGUAGUAAAAAGGCACAGUUGCUGAUCAUGACUAGCUUAAUUAUUUGGGAUGAGGCUCCUAUGAUUAAUAAGUGGGCUUUUGAAGCUUUUGAAAGAACUCUUCGGGAUAUAAUGAGUGAAGUUGAUGUUAAGAAUAAAUCUCUGCCAUUCGGGGGGAAAACUGUCGUUUUUGGUGGAGACUUUAGGCAAAUUUUGCCUGUUAUUCCUAAAGGAUCUCGCGCUGACAUUGUUCAUGCAACAAUUAAUUCAUCCUACCUUUGGCGCAGAUGCAAAGUUUUGAGAUUAACAAAAAAUAUGCGCUUGCAAUUUUCAUCCAAUUCAGUUGAAAAUGAGCAAUUACGAGAGUUUGCCAGCUGGAUACUUGAUAUUGGAGAUGGUAAGAUUGGUAUUACUGAAGAUGGUGAGUCAGUUGUUGAAAUUCCUCAAGAUAUUUUAGUUAAGAGUUCUCUAAACCCGAUAGGUGAUAUUGUUGAGGCAAUUUAUCCAAAUUUGCUUGAAAAUAUAUAUGUUCCAGAUUUCUUUCAAGAUAGGGCUAUUCUUGCUCCAACAUUGGAUGUUGUCGAAGAAAUAAAUGAUUAUGUACUUGCUCUUAUGCCCAGUGAUGCGAAAGUGUAUCUCAGUUGUGACUCAAUCUCAAAAGGUGAUGAUGAUGUUGGUGUGGAUCUUAGAUGGAUUACAACUGAGUUUUUGAAUGAAAUUAAGUGUUCUGGAAUGCCAAAUCAUAAACUCAUUAUCAAAGUUGGAGCUGUGAUCAUGCUUUUAAGGAAUAUUGAUGUUUCGUCUGGGCUAUGUAACGGCACACGUCUUAUUGUUUUCUACAUGGGGAACAUCGUCAUUGGUGCUAAAAUCGUAACAGGAACUAAUAUUGGUGAUAUUGUUUAUAUCUCCCGAAUGAGUUUGGUACCAUCAGAUGCCAAUGUUUCAAUAAGUUUCAGACGGCGCCAAUUCCCCUUCUGUGUUUGUUUUGCCAUGACAAUUAACAAGAGUCAAGGACAAACAUUGUCUCACGUUGGGUUAUAUCUUCCAAGACCAGUUUUUACUCAUGGUCAGUUAUAUGUUGCUGUUUCUCGUGUUAAAACUAGAGCAGGUUUGAAGAUUCUUAUAGUCGGUGACGAUGGUCUAGCCAAAACAAGUACCAUUAAUGUUGUUUAUCCUGAAGUUUUUCAAAGAAUAUAUAGAUGA